AUGUCUCGAACAAUUACGUUUGCUACACUUUCAUUAAUUCCAGCAUGGAUAUUACUAUUACUUUCUUGUUUAUCAGUCCCAAUUACAAGAUUUAUAUCUCUUGGAUCUUUGAAUGAUCUUCAUUUUGGUGUUUUUGGUUAUUGUUUUGCUAAAGGAAAAUGUAAUGUAGCCCAAUUGGGGUAUCGCAUGGACAUUGCUAUAUCGUCAAAAUCUAAACAUACAUCUGAUUUUUAUUUUUCAUUUUAUAAAGUUCAGGGACUUACGUAUAUUUUUAUUGUACAUAUCGUUUCAGCUUCAUUGACAUUUUGUGCAUUUGUUUUUACAUUAAUUGCUCAUUUAGAAGGACCUAGCAAAAGUGACUUUUUUUUAGUUAUUAUUCUUAUAAUUACUUUUUUCACAGUUUUUUUUUCUAUAGUUUCUUUUAUUGUUGAUGUUUUGUUUUUUAUUCCUCACCUUGAAUGGGGUACUUGGGGUAUACUUGCUUCAUCAAUUUUAAAUAUCAUUGUUUUUGGUCUUAUUCAUCUUUCCAGAAAAUAUCUUAUUGCUUGCAGGUCAGAAAAAGUGAAAACUGCUUUUUCAUAUCAUUCUCAAAGAAGGCAUCCUAAUCUUAGUUAUCCAUAUGCUAACAACCUUCCCUUUCCUAAGCAUACAGUAUAUCAAACUAAAAAGGAUGGGAAAGAUAGAACUGAAAAAGAUAAAUCUACGCUAGAUUCCAUAAAAUAUCCUAAAAAUGAUAAUGAUAUAAAACAUACAUCUAAAUUGAAAAAAUUAGAACUCCCUCCUAUUAAUACUCAUCUUGACGACCAUAAUAUGCUUUCUAAGAGCUUUUUAGAUUCUACGUAUUGUAAUUCAAGCACUUAUGAUUCAACUAUUCCAAACAAGAAUGUUAAUAUAACUUAUAAUGAAGCAUAUAAAGAUGACAACAGAGUACAUGAAUCUUAUUUAAAACAAGAAGGGUCCAUUCACGAAAGAAUGGGCUAUCCUGAGGAUUAUUCGAAGGAUUAUCUAAGACAUCAUCCAAGAGAGCAUCCAAGGAAUCAUUUGAGAUAUCAUUCAGCAGAUAUUCCAAGAGAUCCUCCAAAAAAUCAUCCAAGAGACCCUUUAAAAGAUAUUCCAAAAGAUUAUCCAAGGGGUCAUGCAAGAUAUCAUUCAUCAUAUGUUUCUAGACAUCAUUUAAGAGAACAACCAAUGGAUGUUCCAAGAGAAUAUUUAAGAAAUCCUCCAAGAGAAUAUAUGAGAAAUCCAAGAGAUAUUCCAAAAGAACAUUUAAGAAAUUACCCAAGAGAGCAAAUCACGAUGCAACCGCAUUUUAGACAGGGUGCUGAUAAUAGAAACAUGCAAUAUCCUGUAUGCAAACCUCCUGUUGGUCUUGGAAUUGAAUAUAGAAGAAAUCCAAAACGACCAGUUGAUUUAGUUGAAAAAGGAAAACCUAACAAUAAUUAUAAUAAUUCAUAUGGAGAUUAUGCGCCGCCCAGACAGACAUGGAAAGAUUAUCCAUUACAACAAAAUGGUCGUGCUUUUUCGCAAGAUUCUAAUGAUGGAGUACAUAAUUUUUCAAGUUGCAAACCAUGUGUUUCUGAUAAAUUAUAUGAAAAUAAAUUUGCCGAACAUGGUCCUGUUUCUCAAAAUUAUGCUUAUAAUUCUCAUCCUUAUUCCGAAGAUGUUGAACAUCGUUUUUCUAAUAAUGCAGACUGUUCAUCACAUACAACAGAUCAAUAUAGUCGUAUGCAUCUUCCUUAUCGUAGCAACAAUUCUGCUCAAACACAAGAAUCUCUUUCCCCCCGGUUUAAGUCACCUGCAUCAACUAGCUCAGAAUUUACUAGUAUAAGUCAAAGAGGAAUAAAUCCAAAAUGGGUUCCUCCUAGCAAGGAACAAAUGCCUAGAGUAGGAAAGUUUAAACAGAAUAAUUUAGAUGCAACCUUGGUCAAUAAUUUGAAUUAUGACCUUCCUAAAAAUCCAUAUAAAGAGAUAGGCGUUGUUGGAAGCGCUGGUACUUAA